GUUCAGUAACCCUCCUAGCUAACCAAGCUAACUGGCUACUUCAAUCUCGGUAGGUAGCGAGGUUCAUUAGACGGACAGCGUUUAGUUCUCUGAUGUCACCUUUAGAGAAAGAUGGCCAACAUCCUGAACUAUUUUGGAGAGAAAUAACCCAUGUUAUUUAUGUUAGAACUGUUCAGCAGCAUGGUGUUAUUUAUAUUUGAAGGCAUAAAUGGGAGUGCCGCGUUAGCGCUCUUAGCUAAGCUAGCCUGAGACUGCGCUAGUCUCAGCGAUCAACUCAACUGUCAACAUUGCGUCGUGUCAUUUAGGUAGCUCGUUAUUCUAAACAUCGUUUAGGUCAUUGGUUACGGUGGCUAUUGUGCUUUGUCAUCAUGUAGAGGAACCACUGCACAGUCUGUGUAGGCAGCCCAGGUCACGUUAGCUAGGUUGGCUAACGUUUUUGUAUUAGCACGCUAGCUAACACCUGCCCUCAGAGUCAGCUUUUAGCUUUAGCUUGGUUAGCUGGGUUUAGCUUGUUAGCUAAUGCUAGCCUGUAUUUGGAUUAGUUGCCAGCUUGUCAGUUUUAGAUAGCUAUGUUAGCUGGCGAAGUCUAAUAUUUUGGUGAGCACAACGUCAACAACAGUAGCUAAACAGUGAGUUAAAAAGCUACAAUGAAAGUGCAGCUAAUUCAGAAGGCCUGCCUAACCGAACUGUGGCUAGAUACAGCUCCGAGUCUCCCUUCCUUACAUCCGUGUGUAUUUGGAGAGAGCCAUGCUAAACAAAGACACGAGUAAGCUAGCUCGGGUUAUACAGCACGGCUCAGCUGGACACGGGCGCUCGGUUUGGACUCGCAGCUGUCGCGCUGUUCUGUGUGGCUGGACUGAGCCGGCGGUUACUGGGGUGUGUGACUUUCUCCGAGUCUCUGCUGUUUCCUAACACCAAACAUGGUGAUUCAACAGGAGCUUCAAGAUUUGCAAAGGGACCCACCUGCACAGUGCUCUGCUGGACCUGUGGGGGAUGACUUGUUUCACUGGCAGGCAACAAUAAUGGGACCUAGUGAUAGUGCAUACCAAGGUGGGGUCUUCUUUCUUACUAUCCACUUUCCCACAGACUACCCCUUCAAACCACCAAAGGUAGCGUUUACAACAAAAAUUUAUCAUCCAAACAUAAACAGUAAUGGAAGUAUUUGCUUGGACAUCUUGAGGUCACAGUGGUCCCCAGCAUUAACAGUUUCAAAAGUUUUAUUGUCCAUAUGCUCAUUGCUUUGUGACCCAAACCCGGAUGACCCCCUAGUCCCAGACAUAGCACACAUCUACAAAUCAGACAAAGAAAAAUACAACAGACUAGCAAGAGAAUGGACCCAAAAGUAUGCAAUGUGAAGACUUAAUGGACAUUUUUUAAGUCACAAAUCACUGUAAAUUCUAGUAUCUAAAAAGUACUUAGGUUAUAUUAUUAAACACCUUGUACUGUUAAUAUUUUCCAUCUGCAAUGACCAAUUAUAAUAGCUGAACUAGUAUUCUGGAGGGGGCUGUGCUUUGCACAAGCGUGAUGAAGCGGUUGCUAAUGUAGCGCGUUUGGUCAUGCCCCCUAAAACGGUGUUGGGCACUUUGUGUUUUCUUGUUAUAUAAAUCCUAUUUAAGAUUGGCAUGAAGUUAUACAACUGUAGUUACCUCGACAGAGGGAAAUCAAGCAGUUUUAUUGUGUCUCUCAUUCAAUUGAUUACAUUUUCUUUACAUAUUUUAUUGUAUAGUUAAACACAACUAUACUGAAUUAUUUUUUUUUUCCAUUAAAAGUUUUUGAAAAAGUAUGCAUAUGUGAUUGUUCUCUUUUUAAAAUCUUAUUGUUUCCAUUACACACACAAAUUUAGAUAUUGGGCUAUGUGAAACAGGUGUGUUCAAUAAAAAUAUCUAACUUGGA